AUGGUCUUCCAGACCAUCGCGUGGCUGCUACUGGAGCCCAAGACUACCUUAUACUCACCUCGCUUUAGCCAAGUAUCUGCUUCUGUCUACUAUGAAAUGUUUUCGUUCUGGGUGCAGCCUCAAGUCGUGCUGGUAUUGGGUCAUAUCAAGUAUCUGGUUCUCGAUUCGAUGCCAGAGGAUGCUGCAAAGCGAACAGGAGACCUCAAGGAGACCAAAAAGCUCCUUAGGCUUACGGUGCGGUCGUUUGAUGAUGUCAGGCUUACUCAAUUGUACCAAACUGCAACAAAAACCCAAAUCGUUGAGGUUUUUGUCGAUAUGGAGCACACGCGCCAGCGACUGCUUUCCGCUUUGAGAGGAGGCAUAUCAGUCAUCAACAAAAGAACGCUACUUGAUGACGCCUUUGCUACUCUUGAGGAAGCGCAACAAAGCACUGAUGAAGAUGAGGCGAUAAAAUUAUAUAUGGAAGCUGAGAGGGGAUUCGAAAAGGCUGAACUUCUAACUGAUGACAGAUCGCGGGAAUUGCUGAAAGCCAGAAGAGCAGAUCUGCAGCAAACAAUAAUCAAAAAAUUUGUGAAGAACAAGAAUGUUGUGAAUGAAAAGCUGAAUGCUUGUAAUGCUGUUGCCCCUUCGGUGACAACACAGACGAAUGUGGAGUCAUUUAAGUUAAUCACUGCUCGAUUAGAUGAGCUUCGUCGAUUUUCUGCACAACAGAAAGCUCAGGUUCCACCGAUCGAUCUAACAGCUCGGUUAGCACUUUUAAACAAUCGAGAAAUUGGGCCCGCACCGAGAGAAGAUGAUUUAGUGGAAAGACUUCGACGACUCAAGGGAGAUAAUGCAUCGAGUGAAAGUGGGUCUAGUUUUCAAAAUGUAACUUUUCCGGGGAUAAGUGCGAUAGAUAACAUUAUUGAACAAGUAGAGGAUGAGCUCAUGCUGGGCAUUACAGAUGAGACGAGUGAGUUUGAACAUCUAAUAGUUGUCCCUCUGGAUAUUGACGCAAGCAAUAUGCUGGUAUUCUGA